AUGAGUUCCCUUGCCCCGGACCCGGGAGGACCCCCCCCCCCCCCGGACCGUAGGGAGCCAGAACCAGAGGCAGCAGCCGGCUCGGAGAGAACGACGGAGAGCAAGCACAAGGACAGCGACGAGAUUGUACCGGAGACGCAGCAGGAGGAGGAAGAGGACGGGAGGAGCGGUUUGGGGGAGUCUGCGCCCUCACACGCAAUCCACGAGCAAUCUGCUCCAGCGCCAGCCGAUGAGAGUGCGGAAGGGGCAACAAGAGACGAAGGUAACACGGCCGCAGAUCCCUCCCUCGAGACACAGGACACGACUCCACCGCAGGCACCGGCUUCGGAGUCAAGCGCUAGUAUUGACGGAGCCGAGAAGGGGGACGAAACCACUGAGGAGAAACCAAGAGCCACGCCGGACUAG